CUUCGUAUAAAAGCGCUCGUUCAAUGCCCCAAACAUCAGCAGUUGCAAUCGACUCACAACUCCAACCAAACCAAACCCAACCAAACUCCAAAAUGUUCAAGCUCAUCGCCUUGUUUGCCUGUGUUGCUGUGGCUUCAGCUGCUCCUGGUCUGUUGGCCGCCACCCACUCCAUUGUGCAGCCCGCUGUGCUGACCAAGACCGCCUAUGUGGACACCAGCGCCUCCUCGGCCAUCACCCACCAGAGCAAUGUGAAUCUGGUGCGCAAGGUGCCCGUUGUCCAGACCUUGCACGCUGCUCCAGUUGUCCAUGCCGCUCCAUUGGUUCACUCUGUUCCCGUCGUCCAUGCCGCUCCCGUUGUCAGCACCUACGCCGCUGCUCCAGUCGUGCACGCUGCCCCCCUGCUGCACUCUGUUCCCGUGGUGCACUCGGCUCCUCUGGUCAAGACCGUCGUCAGCGCUCCAGUUGCCUACACUGCCCUCCACAAAUAGGCCCUAAUGCUCCUUGUAGCGAUCUAUGUGCAAAAUGAACAAAAUAAAACUGAAUUUUUAAACUAAAA